AUGAUAUUUGUGCUUUUCCAAAGCUUUCUCAAGGGCUACUACUUGAUUGUUGUGACCAAGCGCAAACAGGUCGCCAGCAUUGGCGCUCAUGCCAUCUAUCGAGUCGAGGACACGAUUAUGAUUUCACUCUUUAGCAAAUCUGUGGCUGGCCCCGACCUGCCAGAGGAAGAGCGUUACCGUCGAAUCUUUCAUAAUGUGGAUUUGACCAGCAACUUUUACUUUAGUCACACAUACGACCUGACUCGCCCCGUUCAGAGCAACAUGUACCUGCCGUCCGAUCUCGAGCGCCAACGACUAGCUGAGCCCAAGCCACCGGUUCUGAAGCCGGAUGAGACAUUCUUGUGGAACCACUUCUUGCUCCAUCCUUUCCACGAUACACUCCGCCCCGAGUGGCUUAUUUCUUUGACACACGGAUUUGUGUCCCAAAGUGACAUCAACAUCUACGGUCGGCACAUCUACGUGACACUGAUUGCCCGGCGUAGCCGUCAUUACGCCGGCACUCGCUUCCUCAAGCGCGGUUGUGACAAUGCGGGCCACUGCGCCAACCACGUGGAGAGCGAACAGAUUGUGCAUGAUGCCAGCGAGAUCUCCCAUCGCCGUGCCUUCAUCACCAGCUACAUUCAGAUGCGCGGGUCCGUUCCCGUUCAUUGGGAGCAAGAUCAUGCGGGCAUGAAGGCCAAACCACCUAUUUCCAUCGCGCGCGCCGACCCCUUUGCGUCAGCCGCUGCCAUGCACUUUGAAAGGCUGUUCCACAAGUUUGGUGCACCAAUCAUCGCAUUUGACCUGGUCAAAAAGAAGGAGAGGCGUCCGCGCGAGUCCAUCUUACUCAAUGCCUAUACGGCUGCCUUGGGGUACUUGAACAAAUUCUUGCCCAAGGAAAGUGCCAUCCAGCACGUCUCGUGGGACAUGGCCAAAUCCAACAAAAGUCGCGAGCCUGUGGUCUUGCGCAUCUUGGAUCAGUAUGCUCAGCAUUUUUUGAAGCAACAAGGCAUCUUCACAUCCCGACAACGGCUUUCCCUGGUGGCGGAAGCCGAUGCUGGCCUUGAUUCAGGCCACGGCGUGGUUCGCGUCAAUUGUGUCGAUUGCCUGGACCGCACCAACACCGCCCAAUUCAUGAUUGGGCUCUGUGCGCUUCGUCAUCAGCUCUUUGAGCUGGGUGUAAUUGCCGACACGCAGGCUUCGCAGAUACCUCCUGAUUCCCCCGUCAAUCGAGUGCUUGAGGAGAUGUACGAGGAUCAUGGCGAUACCAUUGCACUUCAGUACGGUGGUUCUCAGCUGGUCAAUCGCAUUCAGAGCUAUCGCAAGACACGGCCCUGGACCAGCAACUCGCGUGACAUCCUGAACACCGUGGCACGCUACUACAGCAAUUCAUUCACGGAUGCUGACAAGCAGAUGGCCAUUAACCUUUUCCUGGGCAAGUACGUGCCACUGAAAGAGGACGAGCCCCUGUGGCUCCAGUACAGCGACUACUUUUUGCACUACCCACAUGCC